AUGGAGGAGGACAAAAGGGAGAAUCAAAAGAGGGGUGCUUUUGCUAAACCGGGAAAGGCAAAGAAGGAAGGGAUUGGUUCCCUAUUUAAGAAGCUGAGAGCAAUGAUGAAAAACCAUGGAUACCUGGUGAAAGGAGUAAAAUUCAAUCCUGGUGGCUCUCAAGAUAAACAAAUUUGGAUCCAUUCUUUUUGUAACUAUGAAGACUUUAAUCAAAUAAUACUACGGUCACUGGAUGGCUUUAGGAUUAUACUGAGCACAGACGGAGUGAUCACGUUUGUGGCUGAAAAUGUCUGUCUCCUUGGCCAUCUGCCAAGGGAUAUUGUGGGCAAAAAAUUAUUGACCCUUCUGCACAAUGAAGAAAAAAAUGAAUUCCACCAUAAGAUCACACUCAAAUUUCCUUUGUCAUGCUCAGUGGGAAACCAUGUUGAGUUUUGUUGUUAUUUAAAAAGAGGAAAUGUUGAACCAGAAGAAAAUCCUACUUACGAACAUGUGAAAUUCAUCCUGAGUCUCAAACACAUCUGCAAUGAAUUUUUAGUAUUCUUUGGAGGCUUCAAUCCUAAAUGCACUUGACCUGCAACAUUGAUUGCCAACAAUCUGCUCUGGGAGGAUCAGUUUUAUUCUGUGGGAACUGUCUAUAUCCUCAGAUCUCAAGUCCUGAAGGAACUCCAUACUGCAAAAUUCACUGAAACUAUAAUUGUACAAGAUUCAGAUGAAGAACAUACUUCAGGUGAUCGCAGAAGUAUUCAAAGACAAAGAAGGAGUUCUCAAAAGGAAGCACUGCACAGCAAAUCUGCUGUUGUUUCCUUGGAUGAUGAAGUUGAUAUUGUUGAGGUUGAGCAGCAUGGAGCACAAGACGAUAUUCAUGUCAUUCAGAUGAAUUCCAGUUCAUCUGAGACUAGCACAUCACCCUCCAGAAUCAUACAGGAUUCACAAAACUCAUCUUUGCAGAGCUUUGAAUUUGAAUCUGAGAUGGACCCGAGGAAGCAGGAGGACCCUAUUGACCUGGACUCCAAAUACCUAGAUCACUGUGGACCAGGAUGAUGUUGUUGACCUAGUGGCCCAAGAGGCCCCAGUGAAGCCAGAAUUCCCAGAGAAUUUGAGGUGGAGUUUGUGGGGCAAGAGGUCUUCCCUACCUCCAGUAUGGCUGCUAGUAGUGAUGCUCAGAUGAAGCAAGUGACAACAUACCACCUUUUCAGUUCUGAGUCCCAGUCUUCAGAGAGCAUGUCCAAAAGCCAGUACUCUGGGAAGAAGAGGGCCAUUUCGGAUUUCAAAGAGGUCAAAUGUUUCUGUAAUCCAUUCCAUUGUUUCAUGUUCACUGAGGACCUUGAAGAAACUUCUGUUUCCUCCACACAGAACAUUCAGGAACAAGAACAAUACUUGCAUGAGCAGCAGCUGCAGGAGGAGGUACUGAAACAACAGAACCAGCCUAUUGAUUUUUUUCUCCCUGAGGAGCAACAGGAAUCCUUUAUGGAUCAGCCACCAUUGGUACAUAGCCCAUGCUCAGAGACAAUUUCUCUUAGCUGCUUUCUGCAAUCUCCUGUAAGUACUGAGUCCAACAUAAGCUCCCUGGAGACUCCAGAAGAUUUCAUGCAACUGUGGCAAGAGCCACCUAGUCCACAGCGUCAUUCACUUCAAGAGGAUUCUUGUCUUUCCAAUGAGAACUCCAUGCAGGAUCUACCCACCUGGCAGCAGCAGGUGCAAGCACUGGACACAAAUACUCAGGAGCCUCUGGAACCAGAGGUUCUCCAGGCUUCGGCUGCAUCCCAGCUGGAAAUGAGAAACAACAUCACAUCUGCUGAGAAUUCCAACUGCGGAGAUCCAGGAAAUCUGGAAGAUCUGGAGGAUCUGCAGCAACAGCAGAUUUAAUCUCCAGCCAUGAGAGGAAGGUGGGGGAUGGGGACAGAUCAAUGAGGUUUGCCUAGCCAGGGGACAUACUGGGUAUACAAAAUUCCUUGGAGUAGGGGUGGGAGACAAACAUUUGCUUUCAUUUCCUGAAAAGUUGUGUUUGUAAUGGUUUGUUAAGCAUAGCUGUUUAUUGGAAAUUGUGCUGCAGAGACAGCUUGUGAUCCCUAGUUGACUAUUAUGUAACUCUAGCCAGGCCUCAGUAGGUGUCUUCUGUUACCUGCCCAGCUUUACACCUACAUGUUUCACCAUGGCAGGCUGGCUGUGGUCUGCUAAAGUUCCAAAGUCAUGUUUCUGCAGUAGAAUAAAGCAUUGUUAGGGUGAUUUGCAAUCUUGUAAGAAGCUGUUCAGCCUUGGCUACAAUUCUGAGGCUUUGGCCUUAAAUAAGCCUUGCCUCUCCUCCAGAGUUUUGCUAAGGAAAUCUAGCUGGAAUGGGUUUUCAACUGUUGAAACCUAAAACAGCUCAACGAAGGUGUUUGGCAGAUAAAAUAAUCAUAGCUUCUUUGCUUAAUAAACACUUUAUUUCACUACAAAAAAAAUUAUAGAACAUGUGUAUGGUAUCAUCUCAUUUGACGAGACAUGUGCUUGUGUGUGCAUUAAAAAUUCUACGAUAUGGGACUGAGGCUGUAGCUCAGUGGCAGAGCAUAUGUGGGGUACUGGGUUCAAUCCUUAGCACAGCAUAAAAAUGAACAAAUAAAAAAAAUAAAGGCAUACUGUCUAUCUACAACUACAAAAAAUUUUUUACAAUUCUAGGUAUGUAAAAUACUUCAUAAUAUGUUCCAAAAGGUGGGUGAUUAGGAAGGGGCAUUCCACUUUUCACUUUGUAACUUUCUGAAUCAUUUGAAUUUUUCCUUUUUUAAACAAUGAAUAUGUAUUGCUUUUAUAGCUAAAAAUUAGCAAUCCAAUGUCAUGUGUGGACCUUGUUUGGACCCUGAUUUGAAUAAAAGAAAAAAGAUAAUUCAGAGACAUUGAGGGAAUUUAAUUACAAGUUUCACAUUUGAUAGAGCAGAGCUUCCAAAAAUUUUUUAUAACAAAAACAGGAUUGGGGGUGUGAAUGUGUUGGAAAAUUGUAAAAAGGAUUCCUGCUCUAAGAGGGCAUUUGGACCAAGACUGCUUUCAGCAAUUCCCCCACUCUCCUAAUUUAACAAACAACCAAGUACCUGCUACAUUCCAAAUAAUCAAAAUAAUUCUAAUUCCUGCCUUUAAAGGAAAAAAGUCACAAACAGUACUACUUCUUUAUUCUCAUAUCAUUCAUAAAUAAGGCUCAGAAAUUACAAAUUUACCAGAAUCUCAUCUUAAUAGUGAAAUUUCAAAGUAAAUGUGCUAAUAAACUCAAAAUGGAUUAAAGGUCUAAUAGUAAGAGUUAAAACUAUAAAACUCUUAAAAGAAAAUGGGAAAAGUUUCAUGAAAUUCGAUUUGGCAAUCAUUUCUUGGGUACAUGAGCAAAAAGCACAGGCAAUGAAAGUAUAAACAGAUCAAGUACACUACACCAAAAUUAAAAACUGCAUGAAAGAAUAGAACAGAGUGAAAGGAAUGAGAUAAAAUAUUUUCCAAUUUCCCCAAUAAAGGUUAGCAUAUGUAUUUCAUAAAGACCUACAACUCAAAAACAAACAAAAGAAACAACCCUACUCAAAAAGGGGCAAAGAACUUGAAUAGACAUUUCUACAAAGAAUGUAAAGAGUUACUAACCACAUGAAAAUAUGCUUAACAUAAUCAUUAGGGAAAUGCAAAUUAAAACCACAAUGAGAUAACACCUCACUUACUAGGAUGGCAGCUAUUAAAAAAACCCUAAA